UCCAAACUUUUGGGGACUACAACGCCAGUCCCACAUCCUCAGUCGUCAGCCGAACCCCGCACGACAACAUUCAAAAUAUAUUUGAGCUCAAUAGUUUAUAUUUUCGAACAACUCCAAAGGACUCCAAAAUUCGUUCAUAUAAAAUUAACCGUUGAAAAAGCAGUUUCAAUCUUAAAAACCAACUUUUCAUUCCUUUUUUCCGUUUUUUUUUGUUUACAUAAAAAAGAAAAUAUAUAUAUAAGGUCAAACAACAUAACAUUCUGCAUGUAAAACGAUAAAAAACUAUAAACUUUUCAAAAUUCAACCAAAAAAAGCAAAUAUAUAGAUUAAAAGGCGUUCUGAUUUAUUGCGCAACAAUGCAGCGAUCGGUUCUCAAGAGUAGCUGUUCCAGGACACUGAUCCUGCUCAACUCACUGAAGUCCCUACACCACAAUUGCCUGCACGCGGAGCAGCUCUUGGAGGCAGCUCCUGUUCCUAAGACCCGCUGCCUGGAUCUUCUGGGUCGCUUGCUCCAUGGCCGACUGAAUCUGCUGGGAGGUCGUCCUCUGCCGCCCAGAUUCUUGCCGCUGUUGGCGGGAGAUCGCUGCCUGCUCUUUAAUGCGGAUGAGGACGAAGAGUUCCGCAGGCGAUUGGCCAUGCAGCUAAAGGAGUUGCGAGAGACGCUGCAAGAAACGCAGGAACUGCGGGAGGGAAAGGAGCAAGACUUUCAGGAGCUGGAGCAGCAGGACGAGGAGGAUCAGCCGUAUGUGCCCCAAUCUCGGGAAAUCUCCAUGGAGGAUCUCACCGAAGAGGAGCUGAGCGAAGUGCGGGGACUGCGGAUGAGUGCCAACCAGGAUGAUGGCAAGUCUGGCAAUUCCGAGCAGCCGGAAACCAGUGAGUUGGAGAGCGAGGAGACGGCGGAGGCCACGGACCCACGGGAGCCACGACAGUCACGGAAGCCGCAAGAUGCCCACGAUGCCAUCGAACACGUGCGCGAGGGUGAAAUCGAAGGAGUUUAUUGGACGGGCGAGGGCAAAAGGAUAGUGACCCAAACGCCUCAGCGCAAGACGGGCCACUCUGGGUUCAUCGAUGGCCACGGCGAGGAGAUUCCGCAGGAGGAGUCCACGCAAGAGGUGGCUCCCUAUCACCCAGAGCCACGGGCCCAGGCCACCUCCAAGGUGGUGAGGAAGGGCCGCAAGUCCAGGUCCUCGUCCAAAACCUACACGCCCAGCGAUUCCGACGAAUAACUAAAUUGCCAGCAAAUGAAACCAAAACCCUCGAGCUGGGAUCACUAAAUAAAGUACAAAAGGCUAAACACAAAA